GAGCUCGAUGGCUACGGUCUUAUGGCGGAGCCACUCUUGCUGAAGUGAUAGUUGCUGCUACACCAAACCCAGCUCCUUUCCCAGAUGGCUAAGCAGCGCCGCCUCAUUGGUCUCAUGGUUUCCUUGGCGCUACUUCUUCGGGGACUGGAACCACUUUUCUUCUGGCUUCCCAAGGGUUGGGCACGGCAAGAGCCGCAGCAGCCGCAGCAGCCGCAGCAGCCGCAGCCGCAGCCGCAGCCGCAGCACUCGGAACCAAAAUGGGUUUCCCUUGUCGGACCUUCGGGUGUGGGGAAAUUGACGACCAUCAACGAGCUCAUGGGGCUUCGUCCUGCCACUUCAGCUGAUGAGGAGCUGAAACCAGACCACGGGCCGCGUGUGAGCUCUGCAUUUGAGUCGUGUACCUCGAGAGUGCUGUCGAAAGGGCCAGCGAACGUGACAUUUGACUUUAAUCAAACCAAAUGGGAAAUGUGUUUGAACGUGAGUGACACUCCAGGAAUUCCAGACACGAAUGGAAGGGGAGUGAGUUUUCUUGAUGCUUUCAUGAAGCAUGCCAAAGAGAACCCAUUGAAUGGUGUGGUUCUUAUGAUCGAUGCUAGCAGCAGGCUCACGCAAGAACUUCAGUAUGCUCUGCUGGCUUUGAGGGAAUGUUUCAAUGGCUUGCUCUCAGAGACGAGGCUGAUUCUCUACAUCAACAAGCUUCCAAAUAGCUUCAGUCUCAAACAGCAGGGCAUCCGACGCAAUGAGGAGCAAGCAUAUGAACGGGAAAAGAAGGCAACGGAGGUCGCCCAUUUUGUUGCCAACAUUCUAUUUGGCCCUGGAAAGGCUGGAGAGUUUCGAAACUAUGUCAAGAAUGAACAGGGUUCAGAUGACGGUGUUGAAGGGCUCAAAUUCUUGAUUUCUCAGUUACCAGCAGCACGUAUGGACUCCUCCCAGUUCCGUACUUGGACAGAGAAGAAGAAGUACUAUGAGGACUUGAAGAACGGCGUGCUGGACAGAGAGCAAUGUAUGCAAGAACUUCGCAAGCGGAAAGAGGGCAGAAAGGAGGAGAUCAAACAAAGCCUUCCCGCAACAUUCAAGGAAUUUCACAAGUUGGACUGGUGGUGGGGCAAGAGGUCCAAUCAGUUCCUGCAUUUUAUUGGUGCCCAGGAGGACAGUUUCGAGACAAAAAAGUGGCGGCUCGAGAACAAGAUCUCAGAGUUGAUGCAAGAACAACGGAACGUCGAUACCGAGAUUCGCGGGCUAAGGGAAAACCUGGAUGGAGCUAUCAAAGAGGAGAAGCAGAGGUGCCAAAAGCUCUUGAAGGAGUUCACAGAGUUGGAGAGUCAGAUCGGUCGAACACUUGACUUGCAAUCUGCCUAGUCACUCCUAGUCCUUGAAAGAAGAUGAAAGGAGAGGGAAGGUGCGGAUUUUUUGAUCUCAGCAUGAGUCAUGCGCAAGUUUUGACCGCGAUUUCUUGCUGCCCGACAUGUAUUGGUAGUACUUGUCGUGCAGUGUCGCCACAGUGCAAGCGCAAGACUUGGAAAAA